GUGGAAAGAGAUAGUCAAGUCAACCUCAAGUUAACAGAGUAAAGCACACGUAGAGGAUAGCAGAGGGGGAGAGGAGCAGGGUGUUGCGGGUGGAGGAGGCUGCGAAAGAGAAAACAAACAAAGAGAGAGUUAACAGUUAAAAGAUCUUAGUGCAAAAUGAACGUGUUUAGGUUGGCGGGGGACAUGACCCACCUCCUCAGCAUAGUAGUACUCCUCCUCAAGAUCCGCACAACCAAGUCUUGUGCUGGAAUUUCACUCAAAACUCAAGAAAUGUAUGUGUUGGUGUUUGUCACUCGAUACAUUGACUUGUUCAUUCGGAAUUACUCUUUGUACAACAGUUUGAUGAAGUUAAUCUUCAUUGGAACUUCCAUUGCCAUCUUUUGGUAUAUGAGGUACCAUAAUGUAGUCAAGCAAACAUACAAUAAGAAUCAGGAUACUUUCAAACAUUACUAUCUCAUUUUCGGUUGCUUUCUGAUGGCUAUCCUGGUUCCUCAUGAGUUUUCUGUAAUUGAGAUUCUAUGGACAUUUUCCAUAUAUCUUGAAGCUGUAGCAAUCUUACCACAGUUGGUAUUGCUGCAAAGGUCAAGUAACAUUGACAACUUAACUGGGAAAUAUGUAUUCCUUCUUGGAACUUAUCGAGUCAUGUAUCUCUUCAACUGGGUAUAUCGUUUCUUCACAGAGAUUCACAAAAUCCGCUGGAUACCUUGGCUUUCAGGCCUUCUCCAGACCACUCUUUAUGCUGACUUUUUCUACUACUAUAUUAAGAGCUGGCAGAAGCACGAGGAGCUUAAACUUCCUGCCUGAAGGGGAUCUUUCUGCCUAUAUUCCUUGAACAUAUAAUAACACAUUAUUAUAUUCAGUUUAAAUUGCAGAACACAUUAUUCAUAUUUUUUUUUAUGUUUCACACUACUGGGAGAAGAAACCAUGUACAAAUUAAUUGCAGGGUUAAGAAGUUUUAGGUUUCUUUUGAGAAGUGUUCGAAAUGGCGAGUUUUGGACAAUUGGAAUUCAUUACUAUCAAUUUACAGGAGUAUAUUAGAAUGUCUUA